CUUGGUCUCACUCGCUUCACUCUGCCUCUUUUCCCUUUCCCUUCCCUUUCUCUUCACCCACAAGCCAUUCGAUCUCCGGGCUCUUCAUGUCGCACUGCUCCUGAGAGAUACACACCUCAAAAUGGACCCAAACACGUCCAUCGUGGCCAAGCUGGAUGCCUUCGCGGCAGAGCUUCUGGCCGACUGGAAUGUAUACAGCACGUUGAUUGUCUGCGGCAUUGCUGCCUUCGUCGUGUUCUCCUUUGUUACCUCCAAGGACACCGAUAUCCAUCCGUUCCUUCUCGCACGUCAGUCAACUGCAUUCCCCGUCCGACAGCCCGGUGAAUCCGCCCCAUACCGAAGCCUCGAGACCCCACACGGUUUCCCUCUCCGGUCCGGCCUCAACGUCAAGGACCCUGGAGCUCCGAGAUGGACCAGCGGCAGAAAGGGUGACUUGCGCGAUAUUUGGAAAGCUGCGGUGCGCGGUUCCAUGGAAGAAGAUGGCAAGGUCUCUGGCAAACAGGGCAAGAUCUAUACAGUUCUUGGAAGGAAAGCCAUCGAGCAUUCGUUGGACCAGGUGACCCAGGAUUUCAAUGUCAUUGGCACUCGCCUGCAGUCUGCCAAGGUGAACACGGUCGCGAUCUGUUUGACAGACUCGGUGGAGCUUCUGGCUGCUAUCUUCGCUGGUGCUUUCUACGGAAUCAAGACGAUCAUGAUCCCCCACAACCUUGAAGCAGAGGCUUUGUCGACUCUUCUCCAGAAGUCAGGCGCGGAAGCUCUGAUUGGCGAGGCUGGUGCUCUUGACCUGUCUCUCGUGGCCAAGAGUAACGAGCAGCUCUCCCAGGUCAUCUGGGUCGCGAAGCUCGGAAGUAGACACAUGGACUGGAACGAUGUCCCCGAGGACGUCAAGGGCACUUUGGAAGUCGGUGUUUGGCAUGAGCUGGUGGAGGAGAAGAAGGACCUGGCUGGACUCGAAGUUCCCAGCUGGGACCCAAGCUCUCCCGCGUCUUCUAUCACCACUGUCUGGCCGUCGAAGUCGUCUGCAGGCGAGUUCGUCGAGUAUCAAUCAGAGAAUAUCGUGUCAGGAAUUGCCGGCCUCUUGUACUCUCUGCCUCGUCCUCAGCGGUACAGCCCCAGUGACGUCGUGCUUUCGAUUGACUCUCUGUCACGGUCGUAUCCGCUAUGCCAAAUCAUGGCUGCCUUGUUCUCCAACGCUUCCGUUGCGGUCAACUCCGUGGCCGGAGAAAAUGUCGACUUCGCCCUCGCCACUGUGGGUGUGUCCCCGACUGUCAUUAUCGCUUCUUCUCGCACAAUGUCCGAAUACCACAGCCAGUUCAUGCAGCCACACUCUGGCCCCGUAUCGAAAUUUGCUCGCUGGGUUCAAGUGCGCAGCCUGGAUGGUGGAUACAUGCCAUCACACGGCUUGCUGAAUCAGGUGGCCAAUGCCGGGCCCACCUCAGAACUCUCUCUGGACAAGCUUCGUCUGCUGUGCAUUUCUCACCGGGUUGACGCAGACCCUGACGUCCAGCUGGACUCGGAGCAACUGGCAGACCUGCGCAUCCUCACUGGGGCCCGUAUCGUGUAUGCCUUGACUGGCCCCGGUGUUGCCGGCGCGGUCUCCCAGACCAACGUCUUCGAUUACCGACGCUUUCCGGGCCCGAACCACUUCGGUGCGCCUUUGAGCAGUGUGGAGGUGGUUCUGAAGGGCGUGCCUGAUGGUGCCGAACACGAAGAGGGAGAGAUUGCGGUGUCUGGCCCCUCUGUCAUCUGUGGGAAGACCACUCUGGCUGGGCGAAUCCGCAUCCGCAAUGAUAACACUUUUGAGCUGCGUCAUUAGAUUCAUUUGCACCAUGAGCGUUUGAGCGUUUCGGGCUUUCGUAUCUACCUUUUUCUGCUGAUAUCUUCUGUCGAUGUUCCCAGGAGCUCAUUUGAUUGCCCAUCCCAUCACAGCCAUUGGACGUAGCAAGCUUAGUAUUUUAUCAGUUCAACAUGAAAAGAAAUGGCAUCUAUUUUCAAAUACAG